AUUUCCUUCCAUCCGUCUCCGGCCCGCCUCUCCGCUCCGUUUUCCCUCCCUUCUCCUCCUGUAUACACCGUACGACUACGCCUUUUCUCUCUCGUUUUCCUCUCCUUUCUCUCCCCCCAUAAAUCCCGAGAAACAAACAGACAAACCAAAUACAUCCAUAUACGAGGGCAAGCUAGCUCCUCCCGCUCCACGAUAUCUGUUGGAAUCUGCCUGCCCGUUUCCUUCGAUCAAACCCAACUUCAACAAUCUAACGGAAUCCGAGCACAAUACUACUGUUUAAUUAGGUCUAGCUUCUCUCUCUCUCUCCCGUCCUGCCGAACUCUUCUCCUCUCUCUUUCUGAUUCAGGCUGGGUCGAUAAUAGUAGAAUGAGCCGCCCAACUACACGCAGCAAAAAUAAAAGGCAUAGGCCUAGUGAUGAUGUUAAUGUCACUUCUCAGAUAUUGAGGAAAAUUCAUGCUACCGGGGAAGUGGCCGCUGAGGAUGUAAAUCAGCUCUAUAUGAUCUCGAAGCCUGUUUGCCAAGGCUGCAGGGUGAACACCAAGGAUAAUCCCAACUGUUUUUGUGGGUUGAUUCCAACUCAAAAUGGAAGCCGGAAGUCUGGGUUGUGGCAGAAGACGACAGAUAUUGUUCAAGCACUAGGACCAGAUCCAUCGACUGAUCUCCGUAUUGAUGACUCUCCUGCUGGACUCACAAACUUGGGAGCAACAUGCUACGCCAACAGCAUACUUCAAUGUCUUUAUAUGAAUACUGCUUUUAGAGAAGGCCUUUUCUCGGUGGAACCAGAGGUCUUGAAACAACAACCUGUACUGGAUCAGCUUGCUCGGCUUUUUGCACUUUUGCAUGCCAGUAAAAUGGCUUUCAUUGAUUCUGCUCCAUUUGUAAAGACACUGGAGUUGGAUAAUGGAGUGCAGCAGGAUAGCCACGAGUUCCUUACCUUACUUCUUUCCUUGCUUGAGCGUUGUCUGAGCCAUUCUAGUGUCUACAAGGCAAAAUCAGUCGUACAGGAUCUUUUCCGUGGAAGCGUGUCUCAUGUAACAAAAUGCUCAAAAUGUGGUCAAGAUUCUGAAGCUUCUUCCAAAAUGGAAGAUUUCUAUGAGCUCGAGUUGAAUGUGAAAGGCAUGAAAAGCUUGGAUGAGAGUUUGGAUGAUUACCUCAGUGUGGAGCAGCUUGAUGGUGACAACCAAUAUUACUGUGAUUCAUGUAAAACAAGAGUGGAUGCUACACGUAGCAUCAAGCUGAGAACACUACCUGUUGUCUUGAACUUUCAGCUUAAGCGCUGUAUCUUCCUUCCAAAGACUACUACAAAGAAGAAAAUCACAUCUGCAUUUUGUUUUCCUGAAGAACUUGAUAUGGGACGGAGGCUUUCUGAGGCUUCUCAACAGGAUUGGAUUUAUGACUUAUCGGCUGUGUUGAUCCACAAAGGGGCUGCUGUGAACAGUGGUCAUUACAUUGCUCAUAUUAAGGAUGCAAAUACUGGGCAGUGGUGGGAGUUCGAUGAUGAACAUGUCUCUAAUUUGGGUCAUCACCCCUUUGGAGAAAGCUCUUCAAGCUCCACUGCUAAAAUCCCCCGGACUGAUGUAUUGCCUCAUAAAGCUAGUGAAGGAGGAUCUGAUCCGAUUCAAAAUGGAAAUCACUCUGACGUUCAUUUGCCCCGAGCUUCAGAAUCUAAUUCUACAAGUGGUGUUGAGACAUUUUCAUCAAGUGAUGCAUAUAUGCUGAUGUAUAAUCUUAGGUCCGCUCGUAGUCAUGGUGAUAAAACACGUGCAGUCAGAGUUGCCAGUAGUAUGGAGUUAGAUGGUCAAGGGAACUCUUCACACGAUGAGUUCUUUUUGCCAUCUCAUCUUUGUGAAGGUAUCAAGGAGCAAAAUGCAUCAUAUCUGGAUGCUUGCCGGAGGUAUAAAGAAAGAAAGGAUACUGAGAUGCUUCAUGUUACUGAACGGCGACAGGAAGUGAGAUCAAUUCUUUCGGAAGCUCCUGUUCAGACAUCUGGACAACCUUUUUGUUGGAUUUCUACUGACUGGCUUCGCCGGUGGGCUGAUGACUUCACUGCACCUGUCUUGGAUAACACAUCCAUCCAAUGCUCACAUGGAAAGGUCCCUGUUUCAAAGGCCGGCUCAAUGAAACGGCUGUCAGCUGAAGCUUGGACCAAGUUGUUAUCCAAGUAUGGUGGUGGCCCAACACUUACAAAUGAGGACUACUGCACUGCAUGCCUUUUUGAUGGUGCGAAAACUUUGGUUUCUGCGGAUAGCUAUCGUGAUAGGAGAACAUUAAUGAGGGAGUUAGCAACCAAUGUACUUGCUGGGAAGACUGUGGAUGACGGGGAGUAUUAUGUAUCAAAGACAUGGCUCCAGCAGUGGAUAAGAAGGAAGAAUCUCGAUGCUCCAAGUGAAGCUGAUGCAGGACCAACUGUUUCAAUCAGGUGUCCUCAUGGCCACCUACUACCUGAGCAGUCUCCUGGUGCCAAACGUUUGCUGGUACCUGGGAGUUUAUGGGACUUCUUUUGUGAAGAUGCCUUGCAUGUGAAACCUGAUGAUCCCGUCGGUUGUAUUCCUUUCCUAUCCGAUUCUGAUCAAUGUCCUCAUUGUAGCAAUGAGCUUUCUGAAGUUGCAUGUCUGGAGGAUUCACUUAGAGCUGUGAAACAUAAACAGAAGCAAAAUCACGAGAAGUUGGUAACUGCAAAAAAUAUUCCCCUUUCUUUAGGCAGCAGAUAUUAUUUGGUGCCUUCUUCGUGGUUAAUGACUUGGAAAAAUUACGUAACUGCAAGUGGAAAGAGUAGUUCUUCAUCCAUGGAGCCUGAAACUCUUGAUGUUGUGAUUGACUCACUGAAGUGUGAAAAGCAUUCUCGACUUUUGGAGAGGCCUCCAGCCCUGGUAUAUAAACGUGGCGUUCUGUUUCAGAGGUGCUCAAAUACAGAUCGGUUGACAAUAAUUCCUGAGAAUGAUUGGUUCACCUUUUGUGAAGAGUGGGGGUGUGACAUGGACAAGGGCAUAUCUGCAGUAUUUGAGGGAAAUAAUUCUGCAGAAUGCAAUGUGCCUGGAAGCAGCGAUAAUAUACCGAUAACUGAUGAGCAUUUGAAUGCACAAGAUGAAGCUGAUAAUGGUACCGAGACUAAACCGCCAGUCAUCAAGACUUUUCCCGAAAUUUGCGAGGUCUGCAUAGGUGAAAAAGAAAGUUGCGAGUUGAUGAAGAAACUGAACUAUUGUGACGGGGAGAUAUAUGUGUCUCUUGUACGUGGGAAGGAAGCUCCAAAGUCAAUUCUGGAGGCAUCUGAUGGCCCUUUUGAGCCAGAUCGAAGGGCAUCAAAGCGCACUAGAAAGGGAAGCAAUGGGAACACUGUGAAUUUCAAAGUUUCUGGUACCACGUCAGUGUACCAGUUGAAAAUGAUGAUAUGGGAGUCACUUGGGGUAGUCAAGGAGAAUCAAAUUCUUCAUAAAGGCUCCAAGAUUAUCGAUCAAGAGACCGCUACUUUAGCUGACCUAAACAUAUUUCCUGGAGAUCGGCUUUGGGUGCAAGACUCGGAAAUUCACGAGCAUAGAGACAUUGCUGAUGAGCUUGUCGAUGGGAAAAUGGAAAUGGACCAUGGCGAGGGAGGUUUCCGGGGCACACUUUUGACAUCAAGUAUUCCAUCGCAAGUAGUGUAGUAGUGUGUAUGUCGAAUGAAACUUAGUCUCUGCUGCACCAACUGUUUGUGGAUAUCUAAUUUUGUACCGAACGGAGUCAGUCACCUGAAUCUUGAGUCGGGAUGUCGGAGCGGAAAGUGGGACAGUUUUUUCAGUUGGUGAAUUCUGAGGAGGCUUGCUUGGUCCUGUUACAAAAAAAUUGUAGAGUUUGCGGAAACAUCGUAGUAGUGUGUAUCGAUCUAUAUUCGCUCUUGUUUUAUUCCCCACAUUUCUGUUCUUUGGGGGGAGUCGGUUUGUGUAGCAUUUAUGUAGCUGUAGAUGGAGUUUACUAGUUCUCUGACAUGGGGAUAGUUGAAUGAAGAAAAUCAGAUGCGUGUUCCUGGAUUGUCUUCUGUUGCUAAGUUGACAGGUUACAGCAGCUGCGACGAAAUUAAGAAGACAACAAAAUGCAGCGAGAAGGGGUCGUGGCAUGGGAAGGCGAGUCGUUAGAUCCAUCUGAGCCGCGAGUUGUGGUGGUGAGCUCCGCGAAACCAGCGAUCCCAGCUCUCGCUCGUAGGGCCUGUGGUCGAUGGGAGGAGGGGGUCGGGGAUGGAUUCCACACUUGCCACAAUUCUUCACCAACCGCAGAGGCUCCGCCGACGCUUUCCAGCUGAUCCAGGGUGGAGUGGAUUUGGAGCUGAAGAGCGGAGAGGGCGGCGGCCAUCCGAUGCCUCCCAAAGUAGCCAUUGUUGUUAGCAGUAUCAGCAUCGGACCUUGGUCUUGUAACUACGGCGACCUCGGAUGCUGCUUCUGGUUGAUCGCCUUCUUCACCAGCUCUGGUUUCUUCCACCUGCAGCGCAUCGACUUCAUCGGUAAUGCUACUGCAAUCCUCCAUUUCCAUUGCCGUAGGGUAGGAUGGGUGAGUGGGUAAUCAAAUCGAUGGUGGAGAUGAAGGUCUAUGGGUGGGGAUAGUAGGCUUUAUAUACAACAAUGGCGACCUGGUUUGGCGAGACUGCCGAAAAGCAAUCAUGUGGCAGAUGGAUUCAUCGCAUAUAACAACCAGAGAAAAGAAUAGUAAAAUGACGACAGGGAAAAGAAU